AUGCUGAUUUCCAGUGUCACCGCACUGACUGCGGUCUGUCUGGCCUUACCUUUGGCGAUCGUGUCCGCCAAGAAAGCUGACCUGAAUGGCUGGUACCCGUGUUCUGACACCACGUUUUCCGACGAGGGGAGCUCGACUGGCGCUAUUACGAAGUGCGCGAUCUACGGAGCCCCUUUGUGCUACCCCGGUAUCUGUGAGACCCCGCCAUCGGUGGACUCGACUGUCGAUAUCUUCGUCAAGCAGUUCCCAGCAACAUCUGAAGACCCCGCUACUGCAACGAACGUGUGGUUUGUCCAAGGUGGUCCAGGGUACUCGUCGACCUCAUUGGAAAUGAUCAUGGUAUCUAUACACGAUCUACUCGGAGGAAGAGCUAAUCUUUACACGAUGGACCAUCGGGGCACGGGCCGCAGCACACGUCUGGACUGUGUGUCAGCUCAAGUUACUACUACCGGCUCUCCUGCUGGCAGCGAGAUUGACCUGUCCGAAGUUGCUGCAUGUGCGCAGGAUCUCAAGUACAAGUACGGUGGUGACCUGUCUUCGUUUUCCACGACGUCGGCUGCCACGGACAUGGCGACGUUCAUCUCCGAGUAUACGAACGGCAAAAGCACUAUCGUCUACGGCGUCAGUUACGGAACGGCGCUGGUAGAACGUCUGAUGCACUUGAAGCCUCCGACAGUGAUCGGCUAUGUCAUGGACAGUGUUUCCACGACCUCUGCCGCGGCGAAGGACAAGUUCCCGUACGUUUCGGCGAUCGAUCUCGAUAUCGGGGAGGUGGGCGACGCAUUCCUUGAUCUGUGCAUGGACGACGACGAAUGCAGUCGCUACUUUAAGGCUGAGAGUUUGCCUACUUCCGUACGACAUCUGAUUGAGAAGUUCGACAAGGAACCGAACUCGACCUGCGCUCAGCUGGUAAGCACAAAAGGUGCCCCAACGGCUAACCCACCGUCGUUCGCACUCCGUGGUACUCUGGGCUGGAUGCUGGUUGAUCCGACAUGGCGAGCAUUUAUUCCACCGGUUGUCUACAGACUGACUCGCUGUACGAAAGGAGAUCGCGUCGUGUUGACGCAACUCCUCACAGGUCUCAAAACCGCCGCCGAGGCCGAGGACCAGGACAACGCGUACAUGUCGACAGUUCUGUACAAUCUGAUCAACUUCUCCGAAAUGUGGGAAAGGCCUGCACCUUCUUUUCAAUUGCUGAAGAAUCGAUUGACACGCGCGACAAUGUACGCCGGUCAAUACAUGGAGUUGUACAAGAUGAAUCAGUUGUACUGCGCUUUUUCCAAGGAGAAGUCUCGGACUUGUGACGGACUUAAACUGGACAACAAUGGCUCAAGUGCCAUCAUCUACGAGCGCGACCGAUAUUGGAACAAGACUUCAGUCAUUCCAAGGCAUGCCAGUGUGUUGCUGCUGAGUAGCAAACUGGAUGCUCAGACUCCUUGCAAGCACGCUGAGGCUCUGUUCGAAGGGCUGGUGGGUUCCAACAAAGAACUAAUUACUUUCGAGUACGCUACUCAUGGCGCCAUCACAUCAACUCCGCUUGGCGAGUCUGGAGGAUUAUGCGGAAUGAAUUUGGUGGUGUCUUACGUCAAAAAUGGUGGAAACCUUGACCGCCUUGACAAGUCGUGCUUGGACAAGAUGCCAGCGCUGAAUCUGACGAUACCAACAGACGUUCGAACGGAAUACUUGGGUACGCAGGAUGUGUACGACGGCAAAACGACAAGAGCUGGAACCUCUCGUUUAACGUAG